AAUUAAGAAACAUUCUCAUUUCUCAGUACGUCAAACAUGGAGGAAGAUCGUCUUUUCGAUGAAAGAAUUUCUAUUCGAGAAUCUGCACGACCAUUAAAAAAAUACGGCAGUACGUGUAAUCAUAUGAAAAGGAAUGAAGAAUAUAUAAAACAUGUAAUGGCUAAAGGUGACACACUGCAAGGAAUUGCUUUGAAAUACGGUGUAACAAUGGAGAAGAUAAGGCGGGCAAAUCGGUUGUUCGCAUCGGAUAGCUUGUUUUUACGAGAGUAUCUUUUGAUCCCUGUAACCAAGGAUUCUCCGUUUUACGAGAAUGGAGAAAGAGUAAAAGAGAUAGCACCUUCGAAUCACCGUGCAUCAAUCGCGGGAAUGCCUACACGAGAUUUCUCUCCUGGCAGUCCAGAUGAAAAAGAAUCCUUUGACAAUUUCCUGAAUAGGCUUGACUCUUCAAUUGCAACUAUAAAAAAACAUGUUGAAAAAACAAAGGAGAACAGCGAAUUCGUUGAUUUCGAAGAUGACUUUGUGCGACAUCGCCCAACCGCUCGGCUACGACAAUCGGCAUCUAUGGGUGCUUCUACGUCGUAUAAUGAAGUAAUACCGCCGCCAUUGCCGCCUCCCCCAGGGCUUACGCAUGGCCGACGGGUGGAUACCUCACUGAAACGGCUCGAAAGGGCACACGACGACCUCUUUCAGUUGUAGCGCCUGAGACAGCGCAGAUAUGCGCGUUUCUAAUGAGCACGUCUGCAAUGAGGCCGCAUCUGCGAUCGUCACGUAGCUUGCGUAUGCAUACGUAUACGUAAAGCGAACGUAACGGAUAAUCUGACACAUUCGAGGGGUUUGAUAGUGAUAUUAGAUAUGUUAUGAUCUGUUUAACUUAGAAUCUGGGAGGAAAAUUUGCAACAAAAAUUAUUGAGGAAUUCUUUAUUUCGGUAAAUUUACCUCCCAGAAGUUUCUUAUUUAUUUCUUAUUACUGAUUGUUCAUUUGCAUUUAACUUCAAUACAGUUAUAACCAUUUUUUUGACGCAAAUGAACAGUCUCUUGCAUAAUUCGUUAGGGAUAAGCUACACUGUGUAAAAAUGUAUAGAAAAAAUAUUUUUAUAAAUUUCUGUUCCUUACCUUUUCAAAUUGCGGUCCCCAUGGCCGCACCAAUUUAUUCCAUGGUAUCAAUAACCGUACAACGCCUAUUAGUUUUCUAUUGCAUAUUCACUAAUAUUUUUCUAUGCAAUAGUUUUUAUCAAUUUAUGUUAUUGCAGAUUUUUAUUUUUAUUAGUUGGCAUAAAAAUUAAGUUGAUCUGCUGCAUUUCUUGUACACCUUUUAUCUUAAAUUAUGUUUAAUUUAAUGGAAAUUAAAUAUUUAGAUAGUUUCAAGUGUUUUUCACCAAUUUAACAAUAAGUUGGACGGUCACUGUAGAGAUGCAAACCAUAUAGCAGCUUCGUGAUGUUGAACAGAAAUAUAAGGGUUUUCUUAUCCGAAAGACGUGAUAUACUAAAAUAGGAUGUCAUUGUGGUGAUCGAUACGCUUUGUCACGUGACAAUUUCUAUACAAAUUUUGCUUCUGGUUUGCGCGUCUCUAUCUGUGACUAACUUCAGACGCUUUCAUUUUCAAUAAUAUAUUUUGUGCAUGAUUAAUUGACGAAUCACAAGUAAGCAUAAUGAUAAAGGAUAAAACAGUAACACGUACAGACAAAUAAAAAUUUGUCAAUAUAUAAUAAAGCCCUAGGAUGCUAUGCCAAAACUAUUUUCUUGCUGUUCACAUAUUACAUAAUAAUUCUAAAUAAUAUAUUAAAAGUGUUUUUGUUAUCACAACUAGUCCAAUUAUAUUUCUAAAGGUUAUUCGUGCAAUAAUGUUGGUAACAAUGUUGUUAAUGAAACUUCGUUAUAUGUAUAACGAUAUUGACGUGCACUAUUUGUUUGGAAAUCCACCAGAUCAUCUUCAAUACACACUUUUUAAGUUAUGCCAAACGGAAUAUAAUAAUUGUAGGUGUUUAAAUUAUAUAACAGGUUACGUCUAGAGAUUUCACUGUUUUCUAGGCUGAAUUCCAGGGCCGGGCUACUUGCCUUUGUGUAAAGUCUGUUGAUUGAAGUCAUCCUUUAAUUGUACUAAUAUAAUUAUGAUAGAUAAACCUUUAUUAAUAAAGAAUUACCUUGUUUUCUGCUAAUAUUUUGACGUUAUACUGACAGCAGGCCUUCGACGUUACCAGGGGCUCGAGACAAAAUCACUCACUCACGCCAAAAGAAUUUGUAUGAAAAUGGUCACGUGAUGCUAAUGUCAUUCCCAUACAAAUAUACUGAGUGGGUCACGACUAUCUAAAGUGAUUUUGUCUUCAGUCCCAGUACCAGGGCGGUAAAGCAAAAC